UGAAUCGGGUGGCGCUCGCGGAGCCUGGAACGGCUGUCAGCCGACUACGAACGGCGAUUGGCCUGUCUUCCGUUAUUUUCUACCCGCUUCUCUACCCUCGUCUCCAGCCACCCAACUUUGCACCCCGCGUGAUCUAUAUCCGCUGUUUUCGUUGCGUCCCCUACCUGACGAACAGGAGACCAGGCGGCAGCCGAAGCGACUCGGAGGCGGCGACAACGUCCGAGGAAUAGGAGGUGGGGGAAAGCUAAAAGAGCGGUUACUUAUUCUGGCUCUUCUCUGCGUCAAAAGUCUCUCCUGAUGGUGGAUGCGCUACGCCGUCUCUCCCUCGUCGCCUCUUCCCCUGCCCCUCUUCUCCCGCCACUCCUGUUAUCGCCUCAGCUAAAGAUCCCGCGCAAGCUGCCCGUCGACGCGGCUUCUUCAUCUCUCGCCUUCCCUCCUGGGCGAUUCGCCCGCUUGAAGGUUCAUGCAGUUGUUGCUGAGGAUGAUAAGCCAAAGUGGUGGGAGAAAACACCAGGGCCUAAUAUGAUUGAUGUUAAUUCCACAGAAGAGUUUAUUCAUGCACUUAGUGAAGCUGGUGACAAGCUUGUGAUCGUCGAGUUUUAUGGCACAUGGUGUGCCUCUUGUCGAGCAUUAUACCCAAGGCUCUGCAAAACAGUAGUAGAACAUCCAGAGAUACUAUUUAUCAAGGUGAAUUUCGACGAAAACAAGCCAAUGUGCAAAAGACUAAAUGUUAGAGUUCUUCCCUAUUUUCAUUUCUACCGGGGUGCAGAUGGGCUGUUGGAAUCUUUUUCAUGUUCCUUGGCAAAGUUUCAGAAAAUCAAGGAUGCUAUUAAGUUGCAUAAUACCGAUCGAUGUAGCAUCGGACCACCUGUAGGCGUUGGCGACGUUGACCUCUACGGAGCAACAACCCCACAAGAAAAGCCUGCUGAAGCUGCUUCAAGAUGAUCGAUCAUUCAUCAAUCAGAUCACUCUCCUAGGCAUACGUUAUAAUCUAAUCUCACUGUAUUUAUAAAAGUUCAAUUCCUGAAUGUAAACUGCCUAUUUGCGUCAUUCUUUCCAGUCCCAAAAUUUGAUAA